CUGCCACGGUGACUCUACGCCCGUCAACCACUCCCUGCUCCCGACGCGCAGUUAGGUCAGAGGCGUCGUGCUAGCUGUGAUUGGGCCUUGCUGACUCUAGGCGUCUUCCUUAUCCUAUCUCCGAUCGUACUUCUUACUGUGCGACGGUGCUGGGUUGCAGCUACGAUCCCCCCCCUUCCCCCUCUCCCCCCAGACCGACAGGGAGCUCACCUUGACGGGGGAAAAAAAAGCUGACAGACAAAGAACUUCUCUCUGAGAGUACAGUAGGUCCGAUCCUCCUCUGUCGUCUGCAUUACUAUUGCUAUCGCCAUGUCACAUCUCUUUCUUCUCCGCCGGCUGGGGUGCAAGGGGGGGUCGUCUGCUGUUCGAGAGCGUGGCUUCUGCAAGGCUCUGCGUUCUACAAAGAUUCCCUGCAAAUCAUCUCACCCAUUUGCGAAUCCUCAGGCUAAGUUCUUACUACAUAGACUCUCUAUUCUGGGCACGCGUCGCUGUGGGAAAUCAUGGUUCGCGACGAGAGCUUGGUUUCCUUUUCCCUUCUUUUACGUUUCUUCGAUGGAGCCGCCUGAAAGAAGAGCAGACCCGUACCACGGUUCUAGUGAGCAAAUGUAUCGUCCUGACUCCCUGGGCAAACCGCCCACGGUAAGGCCCUGUAGAGGUUCCACCGUGGAAGAGCUCCAGAACAC